AUCACACCUUUGAAUACCAACACACAGAAAACAGGUUAACAAGGGAACUGGGGUCAAAUUCAUGUCGGUAGCAUCAGGGGCCGGGCCAACAAACAGCAGCCUCAGCUGCAAACUUUUACUCCUCUUCCGUUCAUCCGCUCUUGUCUUGCCCCUUACAAAAAGGGAGGAUCGGAAGAGCACAACAACUGCACCCAGGAAGAAUUGUUAACGGUUACUAACUUCUCUUGGAGGAGGAGGAGAUUGUUAAGGAUGAUGAACGCCGACCUGGGCUCGCCGAGGGAGCUCACCGGUCUGCAGCAGAGGAGGGCGCUGUACCAACCGGACCUUCCUCCAUGUCUCCAGGGAACCAGAGUCAGAGUGGAGUUGGGUGACUCAACAACAAGCGUCGAUCCGAAAUGCGCAGAUAUUGUGGCACAGGCAUUCCCACACACCUUUGGUCAGAAGCUGGUGCACUUUCUAGAACCCAACACGAUGGUCUCCGAUGCACAGGUCUUAGAAGAACACCCACCAAUUAGGGUGGGUGUGUUGUUUUCUGGAAGACAAUCACCUGGAGGGCACAAUGUCAUAUGGGGUACCUAUGAUGCUUUGAAAGUUCAGAAUCCACACAAUGUUCUGCUUGGGUUUGUAGGUGGCACAGAAGGCCUAUUUGCAAAGAAGACGUUAGAGAUCACAGACGAUGUACUUUUGUCGUACAAAAACCAAGGUGGUUUUGAUUUGCUCGGCAGAACUGUUGAUCAAAUCCGCACGACAGAGCAAGUGAAUGCUGCUAUGUCAACAUGCUGUGAUCUUAGCUUGGAUGGCCUAAUCAUCAUUGGAGGGGUGACCUCCAAUUCAGAUGCUGCUCAGCUUGCAGAGACCUUUGCGACGCAUAACUGCAAAACAAAACUAUGGAGUCAUUACUCGCAGACAUCCUCCGAUCCUUAUCUUGCAAUCCGAAAUAAAUUUUCAGAGAGCACACAAAUUUUACAGGUUAUAGGUGUACCUGUAACCCUGAGUGGUGAUCUCAAGAAUCAGUUUGUGGAAACAACUGUUGGUUUCGAUACCGUGUGCAAGGUGAACUCUCAGCUAAUAAGCAAUAUUUGCCUCGAUGCGGUCUCAGCAGGGAAGUACUACUAUUUUGUUCGCUUGAUGGGUGGCAAAGCAUCUCAUGUUGCCUUCGAAUGUGCGCUUCAGUCGCACCCUAACAUGGUUAUCUUAGGAGAGGAGGUGGCAUUGUCAAAGCUCACAUUGAUGGAAAUUACAAACAAGAUAUGCGAGGGAGUAGAAGCACGGGCGGCACAAGGGAAGUACCAUGGAGUGCUACUUAUUCCUGAGGGACUAAUCGAAAGCAUACCAGAAAUGUAUGCACUCAUUCAGGAAAUCAAUAAUCUCCACAGUAAUAAUGUUCCUGAGGACGAGAUUCCAUCUCAACUGUCUCCGUGGGCUGCUGCCUUGUUCAAGUUCUUGCCACCGUUCAUCAGGAGAGAGUUGGUCCUGCAUCAAGAAUCUGAUAACUCGGCACAGCUAUCCCAGAUUGAUACGGAGCAGCUCUUAGCUCAUUUAGUAGAAGCACAAAUGAACAAAAGAACAAAAGAAGGAAAUUAUUACAAGGGAAGAAAAUUCAGUUCAGUGUGCCACUUCUUUGGUUCUCAAGCUCGAGGAUCACUACCAUCAAACUUUGACUGCAACUAUGCUUAUGUUCUUGGCCAUAUUUGUGUGCAAAUAGUAGCAACUGGAUUGAAUGGUUACAUGGCUACUGUAACAAAUUUGAAGGACUCAAUAAACAAGUGGCGAUGCGCUGCUGUUCCUCUAACAGCAAUGAUGAGUGUGAGGAGGCACUUGCGUGGUCCUGGAGCUGUUCCCAUAGGGAGGCCAGUUAUUCAUCCUUCACCAAUUGACCUGAAAGCGGAAUCAUAUGGGGUCCUGAGAGAGAAAGCCUCAAGCUUUCUGCUAGAUGAUUUCUACAGAACUCCAGGAGGCAUUCAAUUCGAAGGAUCUGGCGCAGACACCAAGCCUAUCACGUUGACAAUUGAAGGUCAAGACUACCUGGGCGAUAUCGAGAUACUGCAAGACUACUUGGAAAAGGUGAGGAUCAUUCUGAAGCCUGGAUGCUCACGGGAGAUUCUGAAGGCAGCAAUAAGCUCGAUGGCGUCAGUAAACGAUGUGCUCAAGGUCAUGUCGGCUCCCCUCAAUGCUGAGCUUCCUCUCUACCACUUCAACUGAUUUUCGAAUCUGUCACAUGUGCGGCUUUAGUCAGGAAAAUCUGGCUGCCACAUGACAUCAGUCCAGUCAUGAACGCUGAAUCCAGAGUACCUUCUAUGGCUACCGUUCUUUGGUAGCUUCUUUU